AUGCAGAAGAUCGCAGCACACCUCCCAGAAAGUACAAGCUCUGAAACGACCAUUAGAACUAUCAAAGGUUGGCUCGAUGAGUGCAGUUCAAGUCACACCUGUUCUCAUAAAAACGGCAAGCAUGCACACCAACAACAAGCCUCACCCAAAAGACUUCUUCAAAUCAGCAAUGAUACGGUUGUUUUGCAAGAGAACACUGGGCAGCAACGUUACGCAUGUCUGAGCUAUUGUUGGGGCGAUAGCGCCCAAAUCACCAAAACUACCGGAGAGAACAUCGAAGAUCACCAGAGAAACAUCCCCUUGAAUCAACUUAAUGCAACUUUUCGAGAUGCAAUCACAGUCUGCCGUAGUUUGGGCGUGUCAUAUUUAUAG